AUGAUUUCGAAGGCAUCUUUGGUCAUCCUGGCUGUGAUGUAUGUGGUCUUGCCACUCCUGGCACAGAGAAUUGAUGAACCCAGACCAGCAUGUUCCUCAUUGAACAAAUGCAACUGCGAAUUCAUCUGCAACACCUAUCCGACCAAUGUCCACGAAAACUUUGGUCUGAGUGGGAACGAUCUAGUCGAAUUGCAAUGUCAAGAUGGGAUAACAACAGCGGGGUAUGACGCUUUGGGAAUGGAUUUAUCGUUUUGUCUGAAUUGCAUCAGGUCUUCGAAACCUGGAGCAAAGACGUCGGAUCAAUUGUUUUACUGGUCGAACAUCUGUGAUUUAGCUUGGCGCACUUCUACUUCCGCUGCACUAGACGUUCUAGGGAAGACAUAUGUUAAGAUACCUGACGGACAAGUGUCUUGUACGAACAAUGCGUUGUCGGCAGCCACAAUCCCAAUUCGACCACAUGCAACAGCCACUGCCAACAAUAAUGACUCGCCUCAGACGAACAGACAGGCCAUCGACACUCCGACCAAGACUCAAGAGGAUGGGGUCGCACCUGCUCGCAACAUUCAGACCCUUUCUCAGAAUAGGGGUACUACCACACACGAAACAGACCAGGCUGUUUCUCCUCUCACCACGUCAGGGACAGGUGGGCAAAGUUCGCAAACGAUUCAAGCCGCGGCAACUCCCACUCAGAGGCAGAGAAAGAAGAGGACCAAGAAAUGCAAGAAUGAUGGUAGUAAACCCAUCGAUAUAGGGUUUUCAAAAGCGUCAUUAGGGCUGAUGACUAUAACUGUAGGCGCGAUACUUUCUGGAAUAAUGCUAUGA